UUGAUGUCACCUUUACAUAUUUUCUUUUUCCUCACCUGUUCAAAGGUUUUUGCAAACGUUCAUUUCAUUUCCACAUUUUGCAAUCUUUCAAGUAAAUUGCAAUACUUUUCCCCAUUAAAGGAAUAUGGAUAGGCUCUAUGGUGGAAAUAAUAAAAGAACUAAAUUUAUUGAUUUAUUUUGAUAAGAGACAUUCAACUGGAAUUUUCAUAACUUGUCUCAGACUUUCUGAAAAUGACCACUCCUUUUAAUUACUUUUUCUUUCAAACUACUAGACCAGAAUGUCUACUGUUGGAUAUCCCUAUUGGAAUAUUGAAUGUUAUGCUCGAUAUCAGAAUACCAGUAACACCAAUCCAGGAAAUUUAGAUGAAAAUAAUCUUGAACUAAAUGGCAUCUGGAAGUAUUUCUUUUCAACACCAACAAAACAAAUCAAGCUUUCUUUAGAGAAUUCCUCACAUUUGACUGUAACACAGAAUAACACUAUUUUAGAAAACCAUGCUGUUGUCGGAGGAUCAAGCAAUAUAACUGUAUUUUUUUCUGCUGACUGCAUGUUGUUUGUAAAUCAAUUAACGGAAAACUGCAUUCGCCGUUUCAAAAUAAAGUUUUCUGUGAACAAUAACAAGAGUGGUGAAGAAUCCUGUCUUCAUAGUGUAGCAACUUUAGCAAGGUUUUUCACUAUAAAACAAUUGUAUAACAGCCAUGCAGAAUACAUAGCCAAGGGUUUUGAUGCCAAUACCGCAUUAGCUACCACAACUCAUGAAGAAGUCACAGUUGAUAAAAUAGCUGAAAUCUUACUGAAGCAAGACCAAACAGAACUGAGUAGAGCAUAUCAGGCAAGUAAAUUCAAAGAAGAAAGACUUGAUAAAAUCCUGCAUCUGUGUCUAUCUGAUCCAAUGUUUCCAGUUUUUGUGAAUCAAGUUGAACAACAUAUUUAUAAUCUGAAAAAAUAGUUCUUUGAACCGAAAGCAUGAAUAUUCAGUAGCUUUUGGAUUAUGGAAUACAUAGUCUGACAUGAGCACACACAUUCACACACACACAAACUAAAUUCUAACUGCUGAGAUUGUUAGAAAUAUUUUCUUAGGCUCUUCUUUUACGUAUCUCAGAAAUCUUGAAGUUGUACUUGAUCUGAGACUGUAUGUUGACAUACCUCAUGAAAUAAAAGUGAAUUUAACAGUUU